AUGACGGUGCGGCGAGCGUGUUUCCCAAAGCGUAGUCUGCUGCACCGGGGCAGCGUCGGCGUGGAGCCGGGCAACCUGGGAGCGAUGCAGCACCCUAGGCCCAGCUCGUCAUGGUUCUCGGGGAAGCUGGAAGCCCCUGUCACUGACGCCACUCAUGCAAGUGCGACUCUGCCCAUCACGGGCCCCCCGCGCAGGGAUGAGGCGCGCAGCUGCGACCGUCGACUAGAGCAAACGCAAAAACCCUUUCUGUAUACCUAUCCGCGCUCUGCCCGUGCCUGCCCUAAGCCUCCCCUUCGGCCACUACAUACUCCAAGCUCCUCCCUCUUCUCUCCUCCACCACAACCACCUCCAUCCGCGACCGACAACGGCUGCGUUUGCCCUUCCUUUGUUGACCUCGCGCCCACCAAGUGCCCGGUAACACGACUAGACGCCGACCCAUCCCCACCCACCACUUGACUACUCACCACCACCACCAUCAACCACAACAACAACAAUAAUAACAACAACACUAACAACACGACCACAACCACAAAACCUCUACCACCGCACCUUACUUGCUUGCUCUGCUUGCUUUUCUCCCCGUCUGCCUCGGACCUGGUUCCAGUUCCUUCCUUUUAUCGGGCUCCGCUCCCGGUCAUCGCUUCCUUUCCCUCCCACCACACGGCGGCCCCCUCCCACCCC